GUUCUGAUCCCAAUCCGUAGGAAGGAAUAAACCUGGAGCGAUGGAAAGUGGCCUGCAUAGGGGAUGUUUGGAGAUGUGGAGCGAAGAAAACCGCAUUUUAGUGGUACAGUUGAAGGGUUAAUUCUGUACACUACCAACUUUUCUCUUCUCCAACCAGAAUAUUUCUGUCCAUGCUGCAAAUUGGAGAGAAAUUGUGCAACAGAGCUAUGUUUCUUUCAGCAAACUACUGGAGAAAAUCCAAGGUCUGCCACCAACUAUACCCAGCAUUCCCUUGGAACUGACUAUUCUAUACAAUACAGUUGUUUUAAGUCUCAGUUUGUCUGAUGUCAACCAAAGUGUUAACUCUCUGUUGUAUGAGGGACUUGUCCGAGGGUUAGAAGCUUACGAUGCACAUUUUGAUAGACUGGACAUCACGAAAUUAUGGGCAAUGAUAUUUCAGAACAUCAAUGACCCAAAUUUUAUACAGGCAGUUGAUCAGCUGAUCUACUUGCAAUGUGUCCUGUGGCUGGUUUGCAAUCAACUGGAGAAGAUUGAUAAUGUACUUCACUUAUUAAGAGACCGAGGCUCGUCAGGCUCUGCUUUGAAUACACAUCGUGGUGAUUUGUGGCAAUGCGUCAAGUCUGGUGACCUCUUAAAAGAUAGAAAUGGAAGUGAUCUUGUAUUGGUACUGAGUCUCACCAGUCUUGGAGAAUUGAUUUAUACCUGUGCUAUGUUUCUUCGAGGGUUUUGUAAAAUGGAGGAAGGUAAUUACCUAGAAGCUGUUGAUAUUUUGGAGCAAGCUGCUGAAGGACUCUGCUCAAAGAGAAUUUUGGCAGAGAUCUAUACUCUGAUUGGCCACUGUUCAACCCAAAUGGACAGACCACAAACAGCCUUGCAAUAUUUCCGGUGGGCUCUGCAAGCAGACAUUCAGUGCCUUUCUGCUCUGUAUCAUGCUGCCAUGGUGUAUCGACGGCUGGAGAUGGUCGAUGCUGAGCUUGAGGCCCUUAACCAUCUCUCUGUGGCAUUAGAAAGUUGGGAUCAAUACAAAGUUGGCAAUGACGUUGAUUCUCAAGUUCUGAUCCGACCUGAACAACUUGUACAGAUUCCUGCAACAUGUCAUCUGUUGACCAGUGUAAACUGGGUGCAUGUAAAGCACUCACUUGCAGGAAGGUUCCUCCAGAUGGGAAGAGUUGAAGCAGCAGCGGAACAUUACCUUGAUCUACUGGCUUCUUUUCUUGAGGAAUCUCAGCGGGAAAUAUUUGUUGUAGCAGAUCACACCAUUCCGAGGAUUCCUGAAAUCUAUUUGGAAGCAGCAGUAGCACUCCUGCAUUGCCAGAGAUUUAAUGAUGUCAUCACUGUUUCUGAGGAAAUUGCCAGCAAAAUGACAUGUUUAAUUUCAGAAAAAUUGACAUUUGAAAUUACAGUUAAUGAAUGGCUGUCCAGUGAUUGCUCAAAAAGCACCGAAGCCCCAGAAAUCGACACCAGUCAUCAGACAUGUCAUUUAAAUAGUUUCAGUGAGUCACAAACACUUUGGGCAAAGAAGAAAGAAACUCUCAAUUAUAUUUUAUGGGCAGCAACUGCAUUUUUAUAUCAAGGACAAGCGUUUGCUCUCUUGAAAAAUAAUAAGGAGUCGAUUACUAAUUUUACUCGGUGUGUAAAUCUGCUUCUUAAGGUUCAAGUUGUCGGCCCUCCUGAUUUGGGAGUGCCUGAUGAUCAGAUUGAAACCUUGAAAAAGAAUAUGAUUGAGGUUAAAAUCCUGCAAAAAUUGAAAUCAUUGGCUUUUGUUGGGAGAGGAAUACAGCUGGCAGAAAGGGGUCAGAACCGAGAAGCUCUCCAAAAUUUCCAGCUGAGUCUACAAGCUUAUCAUGAUAAUUUUGAAGCUGUGUAUCAUCUGGUAGAAAUUCUGUGGAAACUUGAAAGGAAACAAGAAGCUGUCACUUAUUGGCUAAAACAGGCAGAAGCAGAGAAAAGACACAAAGUGAAUGCCUCGGAAGAUUUCCCCAUAUUCUUGAUUUCUUGCCUCAAAGAAAUAAGUACCUCCGAGGAAGAAGCUGUUUCUAAAAAGCUGGACGGAUAUCGCAGCAGUUUUGCAACGAGAACAUAACCAUACAAUUUCUGAGAGCCGCAUCUUCUUCUCCUUUACCUUCACAAAUUAUCUAGUCCCAUCCAAAAUAAAGGAUCAAGAAGAUACUGAAUAAACAGCCAAGUUAAAUGACAUCCAGGGUCAGACAUUGACUGUGUUGCUCAAUUUUGACCAGGAUACAAAUCUUUUUGAAGUAGAAAUAUUAUACUCUAUGUGUCCAUCUUGAAAGAAUAAUUAAAAAUUUGUUAACACCAAGUUAUUACAGGAUGUUGAAAUGUCUGUUUUGUCAGGUUGUAACAGAUGUAUUUAAAAGAGUUAUUUAAUGAUCCAAACUAUGAGAAUGGACAACUUAAAACAAUUUGUUAUAUUCAGAUUUUAAUUUCAAUAUUUAUGAAUCACACUGAGCGGAAAGUGCAGAUUUAGAUGUUUGUAUACAACAUUUUGUACAAUAAUAAAUGUUCAAGUAGAAUUAUCCCAGGAUAUCCAAGUAUCUUUGGUUUA